UAUUUCAGAGGAAAGAUGCAGAACGAAGCCGGAGAAUACGUUGACCUCUAUAUCCCCAGGAAGUGUUCUGCUUCCAACAGGAUUCUGGCUGCCAAGGACCACGCUUCCAUCCAGAUUAAUCUGGCUGAGGUUGACGAGACUACUGGCAGGAUGACCGGAACCAACAAGACCUACGCUAUCUGCGGAGCCAUCAGGAGGAUGGGCGAGUCUGAUGAUUGCAUCAAUCGUCUUGCCAAGAAGGACGGAAUUGUCGACAAGAAGUUCUAAUUCUUGACGAAAAAUAUUUCUUCUUUCAGA